AUGACACCCGAGCUGGUCUUGUCGAUAUUACCCCUGUUCUAUCUUCUUUCUUCCUCUUUUGCGCAAGAGCAGAACGAAAGUAUCACUACAUCAGCGACAACAGAAUCGUUCCACCCGUGGUCGUACGCUCCGAUAUGCACCGAGCAUUUCGAAGCGCUAGGCGGCCCGCUGUGCGUGUACACAAACGCCACGUUCGCCAACGGUCGAGGCAUCUCCAUUUUCACCACGCCGAGCAUCUCUGAGUCCUUUGCUGCUCAGCUGCCCUUCCACGACGACAACGUCCUGGCUGAGCACGGAAUCAACGACCCCCGUGGAGAGGAGGCUCGACCGUGGUACGUCACAGACCUACCGGGCAAAGGCAAAGGUGUGCUGGCCAAGCACGAACUUCACCGUGGUGACCGCAUCAAGGCUUACACGCCGUACAUCCUCGUGUACAUGGAGGGCGAACUUACGGUCGACGAGCGCGAAAAGUGGGUGAAGAUCGGCAUCAGUCAACUGCCUGAGGCCAGCCGGGAGCAUUUCUUCAGCCUGGCCACCAUCUGGAACGAGGAAGGGUACGAAGUGCAGGAUGUGAUCAAGGCGAAUGGUUUCGAGAUGCAGGUCGGCGGAGUGAUGCAUAUCGCAGUCUUCCCGGAAACGAGCAGGUUGAAUCAUGCUUGUGGUCCGAACGCCCAAUACUUCCUCGAGCCCGGUUUGUUGACGCACUUCGUCCAUGCGUCAAGAGACAUCGCGCCGGACGAGGAGAUCACCGUGUCGUAUGCCCCGCCAUUGCGGUUCCACGAGACACGCCAGAGGUACUUGAAAGACCACUUCCAUUUUACGUGCGACUGUUCGCGAUGCCAGAGUGGCGAGGCAUCCGAUCACGCACUGCACCAGAUCGACGCGCUGCAGUCGAGUCUGGGCAACUGGACACCCGAGUCGACGGCCAGCGUGAAGAAGGCAGAAGAAUUGAUCCGCCUGUACAAGCAGCAGGGCCUCGAGGGGUUUCUGGACACGGCGUACGGAUACGCCGCCCUCACUUACAAUGCCGUCGGCAGUGUCAGGGGCGCGAAGAAGUAUGCCAAAUUGGCGGCCCAGUCGGCUGCGUUGAAGUUUGGCCCUUCGCACAAGGACGUCGCUGUGUGGAAGGAACUGGAAAAGAAUCCGCAGGGCCAUGUCAGUUGGAUGAGGAGGAAGGCGAAUCGACUUUGA